UGUUUUCUUGUCUAUUUCAGAUAGCGGCUCAGGCAGUGUUAUUUAUGUGUAUGAAUACAGCGGGAAUCUUCAUUAGCUACCUAUCAGACAGAGCUCAGCGCCAAGCCUUCUUAGAGACCAGAAGAUGUGUAGAAGCAAGACUGAGGCUAGAGACGGAAAACCAGAGACAGGAACGGCUGGUGCUCUCCGUAUUACCUCGAUUUGUUGUACUAGAGAUGAUUAACGACAUGACCAAUGUGGAAGAUGAGCACUUGCAGCACCAGUUCCAUAAGAUCUAUAUUCACCGCUAUGAGAAUGUCAGCAUUCUUUUUGCAGAUGUUAAAGGUUUCACCAACCUCUCCACAACCUUGUCAGCACAAGAGCUGGUCCGAAUGCUGAAUGAACUCUUUGCCAGAUUUGAUCGACUAGCACACGAACAUCAUUGCCUUAGAAUUAAGAUCCUGGGGGACUGUUACUACUGUGUUUCUGGGCUCCCGGAACCUCGCCAAGACCAUGCCCACUGUUGUGUUGAAAUGGGACUCAGCAUGAUCAAAACUAUCAGGUAUGUUAGGUCAAGAACAAAGCAUGACAUUGACAUGAGGAUCGGAAUACAUUCUGGAUCAGUGCUGUGUGGGGUGCUGGGCCUACGGAAGUGGCAGUUUGAUGUCUGGUCGUGGGAUGUGGAUAUUGCAAACAAACUCGAGUCAGGCGGCAUUCCUGGGAGGAUCCACAUCUCCAAAGCCACUCUGGACUGCCUGAAUGGGGAUUAUAAAGUUGAAGAAGGACACGGUAAAGAACGAAAUGAAUUCUUAAGGAAACAUAACAUUGAGACCUAUUUAAUAAAACAGCCCGAGGAGAGUCUGUUGACUUUGCCUGAAGACAUUGUGAAAGAAUCUGUCAGCAUCUCAGACAGGAGAAACAGUGGGGCAACAUUUACAGAAGGAUCAUGGAGCCCUGAACUCCCAUUUGAUAACAUAGUGGGAAAACAGAACACUCUGGCUGCCCUAACAAGAAAUUCAAUAAAUCUGCUUCCAAACCAUCUUGCACAAGCUUUGCAUGUCCAGUCUGGGCCCGAGGAAAUUAACAAGCGAAUAGAGCACACCAUCGACUUACGGAGUGGCGAUAAAUUGAGAAGAGAGCAUAUCAAGCCUUUCUCACUGAUGUUUAAAGACUCCAGCCUGGAGCAUAAGUAUUCUCAAAUGAGGGAUGAAGUGUUCAAAUCAAACUUGGUGUGUGCAUUCAUUGUCCUUGUAUUUAUCACCGCAAUCCAAAGUUUACUUCCUUCUACAAGGAUGAUGCCAAUGGUCAUUCAGUUUUCCAUUCUGAUUAUGCUGCACUCCACUCUUGUUCUAAUCACCACUGCAGAGGAUUAUAAAUGUUUACCCCUAGUGCUACGGAAAACUUGCUGCUGGAUUAAUGAGACCUAUUUGGCCAGGAAUGUGAUCAUUUUUGCAUCCAUUAUGAUUAACUUUCUGGGAGCCAUCAUAAAUAUUCUAUGGUGUGAUUUUGACAAACCAAUACCCUUUAAGAAUCAGACUUUCAAUUCCUCUGAAUCUUUUACAGAUAUCUGCUCCUAUCCUGAGUAUUUUGUCUUUACCGGUGUCCUGGCAAUGGUGACCUGUGCAGUGUUUCUUCGUCUCAACUCUGUUCUGAAGUUGGCAGUGCUUCUCAUUAUGAUCGCAAUCUAUUCUCUGCUGACUGAGACCGUUUAUGCCUCCCUCUUCCUGCGAUACGACAACUUUCAUCACAAUGGAGAAACCGAUUUCCUGGGCACAAAGGAGGCAUCCUUGCUACUGAUGGCAAUGUUCCUCUUAGCUGUAUUUUAUCAUGGUCAACAGCUUGAAUACACAGCCCGCCUGGACUUUCUGUGGCGUGUUCAAGCGAAAGAAGAAAUCAAUGAAAUGAAGGAAUUAAGGGAACACAAUGAAAAUAUGCUACGAAAUAUUCUGCCAAGUCAUGUUGCCCGUCACUUCCUGGAGAAGGAUCGAGAUAACGAAGAGUUAUACUCUCAGUCCUAUGAUGCUGUUGGCGUGAUGUUUGCUUCCAUCCCCGGGUUUGCUGAUUUUUAUUCUCAAACUGAAAUGAAUAACCAAGGAGUGGAAUGUCUCCGUUUGCUGAAUGAAAUCAUUGCAGACUUCGAUGAGUUACUAGGUGAAGAAAGAUUUCAAGAUAUUGAAAAAAUUAAAACCAUUGGCAGCACAUACAUGGCUGUAUCAGGAUUAUCACCUGAAAAACAGCAAUGUGAAGACAAAUGGGGACAUUUGUGUGCUCUGGCUGACUUCUCCAUAGCUUUGAAUGAAAGUAUACAGGAGAUCAACAAACAUUCGUUCAACAACUUUGAACUCCGCAUCGGUAUUAGCCAUGGCUCUGUUGUAGCAGGAGUUAUCGGUGCUAAGAAACCACAAUAUGAUAUCUGGGGCAAAACGGUUAACUUAGCUAGUCGAAUGGACAGCACGGGUGUAAGCGGCAGAAUACAAGUGCCUGAAGAAACGUAUCUAAUCCUGAAAGACAAGGGAUUUGCUUUCGACUAUCGAGGAGAGAUUUAUGUCAAAGGUAUCAGCGAACAGGAAGGAAAAAUCAAAACAUAUUUUCUUCUAGGAAGAGUACAACCAAACCCUUUAAUCUUACAACCAAGAAAACUGACUGGACAGUAUUCCUUAGCGGCUGUUGUAUUAGGACUUGUACAGUCUCUUAACAGGCAAAAACAGAAGCAAAUCCUUAAUGAGAACAAUAACACUGGCAUCAUAAAGGGACAUUAUAACCGGCGGACUUUGCUAACUUCCAGUGGACCAGAGGCAGUGGCCCAAGCAGAGGGCUCUGACAAAACUGAAUUGCCAUAAUAAACAUUUUGUUUGUGUUCUUUUUUUUAAUUU